AUGCUUCUCCAGCUUGUAGUAAUAAAUAUGAGAGUAUUUCUAACUGGUGCUACUGGGUCAAUCGGAAGCUCAGUCCUCAAAAGUUUAGUUGCUGCAGGCCACGAGGUCACUUGCACAGCCAGAAGUGACCAAAAAGGCCAAGAAAUCGUCCAGAAAGGCGGCCACUACAUCAUUUUCGAGCUUUCCCCUGACUCCGUCUCCCAGCUGUCUGAAUUAUGCGUCGGCUACGAUGCUAUAAUCCACACAGCCCUCGUUCUAAACGAAGAAGGCGUAAGGACUGAACACCUUUUAGUCCCAGCUCUCAUAGCAGCUGCCAAAAAAACAGCUGAAACCAAGCCUGUUGUCCUCCUUACCACCUCAGGGUGCAUGUGCAAUGGCGAAACUCAAGGCCCAAUGGACGAAGACCAUGAUGAUACAUCUAGAUCUCACCCGUGGGUUGCCUUUAAGCCAACCUUGGAAAGGAUGGUCAUCAACGCCUCUGCUGGAAAUUUCCAUGGCUGCGUCAUCAGACCUGUCUGGGUAUAUGGAAACAGCUUUGUAGAUCAGUGGGUCAGAGAGUCCAAGGCAAAAGGGAAAAUCAUUGCAGCUUCAGGGAAUAAGCACGUCUCGGUAAUCCAUACUGAUGAUAUUGCGGAGAUGUAUAGAGUCUUGAUUGAGAAUAAAGCUGUAGGAUUGUUCUAUGGGUCUGAGCAGCCAAUUCAGGUGGAAACAAUUAUUGAGAAGGUUUCUGAGGCAAUUGGAGUUACUGAUGUGGAGAGAUAUGACAAUGUGACGGAGGUUCCGAAUUAUCCAUGGUUUGCAUUAGCACAUACACUUGAUUGCCAAUUGAUAUCAAAGAGAAUAAAGGAUCUCUAUGGGUUUGUCCCAAGACAUAAUUUCUUUGAGUGGCUCCGCACAGAACAGUUCUAA